AUGGGGCUGUGUGGACUUGUUGGUGGCGAAGAGGCAUUGACGGGGCGGCGGACGCUUGCUCGCAAAGUGCUGGUUCUCGGCGACGGUGCAUGCGGCAAAACGAGUCUGCUGUUUGUACUCAUCAAGCACGAGUUUCCACAGACAUAUGAACCGACGGUAUUCGAGAACUACGUGCAUACGAUCCAGCCAGCGCGCGCACGGCAUCCGGUCGAAAUGACGCUCUGGGACACUGCUGGACAGGAAGAAUUCGACAAACUGCGCACACUGUCGUAUGCGGAUACCCACGUUGUCGUGCUCUGCUUUGCUGCGGAUAACCCUGUCAGCCUUGAAAACGUCGAAUCUCGUUGGGUGCCCGAGAUUCGAGACCACUGUCCGGGGGUAAAGAUCGUCCUGGUGGCGCUCAAGUGCGAUCUGCGCAGCGGAGGGGAGCGAGAGAAGCGCCGCAUGCUGUCGUACGAAGACGGCGUGCGCGUCGCCAAACGCAUCCACGCCUCGCGCUACCUCGAAUGCUCCGCCAAACUCAACCGCGGCGUAAACCAGGCCUUCCUCGAAAUCGCCGCCGUAGCCGCCCAGGCACAUCCAAACCGUUCCACCACCUCCUCAUGCACAAUCGCCUAG